UACUUGAAGAUUUUUAUUCUUCUACAUAUUUUUGUAUUUAAUUUUGAUAAACAGUGUAUUUUCAACUGAAAUUCCCUUGUUUAGUCCAAAUGAUCAUGAAAAGUUAUGGUAUUUUUCUUCAGUUUGCCGGUAUUAUUGACUUUGAUGAUUUUGCUUGCUAGUAGUUAAAAGGACUGUAAGUCAAGCUUUUUCUAGAAACUCAUUGAUGGAGAUUUAUCUUGCUUUUUUGGUAGACAACAAUUUACUUAUAGGUAUGUGAACAGCAUAAUAGUAACCAAACAUUGACCAAACUGAACCAGCUAUUGACUCCCCAAUUAUCAAAAAACUUAUCGUCCACUUAGCUUACCUAUUCCUUGCUAUAUCUAUCCUGAAUUUUAAUUCUGUGCUAUUUUUGAGAUAUUGGGAGUUUUCUUAAGCAGUCAUGUCGAUUGAGAGUUCUGUAUUGAUGUCUAUGGCUGAUGCAACAACUCUAUUGCUGUCAUUGGCUAAUGCAACAGGACAUGAAGCCUCAUCUUCCAUUUCUCUAUGUCGUUAUGAUGUGUUUUUGAGUUUUAGAGGUGAGGAUACUCGUAAAAGUUUUACUGAUCACCUCUACACUGCUCUGAUCCGAGCAGGAGUCCGUGCGUUCAGGGAUGAUAAGGAGCUUGGGAGAGGCCAGAACAUUGAGUUUGAAAUCAAUAAAGCGAUGCAAGAAUCUAGAAUUUCAAUAAUUGUGCUCUCUAAGAACUACGCCUCUUCAAGAUGGUGCUUGGGUGAACUUGGGAUCAUCAUGGAACGCAGGAGAACUGUCGGGCACAUUGUAAUUCCGGUCUUUUACGACGUUGAUCCAUCUCAUGUCUCCGAACUGAGUGGGAGAUUUGCAGAAGCAUUUGCUGAACAUGAAAAAUGUUUCGAGGUGGAGAUGGAAAAAUUGGAGGGAUGGAAGGCAGCACUUAGAGAAGUUGCAGAUCUUGCAGGAUUCGUUUUAGAGGACAGGUAUGAGGCUCAGUUUAUUCGCAAUAUCGUCAAAGACGUCAGGAUGAAACUGACUCGUAAGGUUCUAAAUCUUUCACCAUAUUUAGUUGGAAUAUCUUUUGAUGUUGUGAGAAUUCAUUUUUGGUUACGAGAUGAAGCUACCAAUUCAAGGAUAAUGAUAAUAUAUGGAGUUGGAGGGAUUGGGAAGACAACCAUUGCAAAGGCUGUUUAUAACAUGAACUAUGACCAUUUUGAAGAAAGAAGCUUUCUUGCAAACAUUCGAGAAGCUUCAGAAAAAUCCAAUGGCCUGCUUCUGAUACAAAAACAACUUCUUUCAGAUAUUCUUAAAGAGCAACCUAUCAAGAUAUACAAUGUAGAUGAAGGAAUCAUUAAGAUCAAGGAAGCUAUUUGUUGCAGGAAAGUUCUUAUUAUUCUUGACGAUGUGGAUCAGACUGAUCAAUUCAAUUCCAUUAUUGGAAUGCAGAAAUGGUUGUUCCCAGGAAGUAAAAUAAUCAUAACUACUAGGUAUGCAGGUUUCCUUACUGUUAAUUAUGAAGGAUCCUCGAUACAUAAAAUGUCAGAAUUGGAUGAUGAUUCAUCAAUUCAGCUCUUCAGCUGGCAUUGUUUUGGCCAAUAUCAUCCUCCUGUAGAUUUUGAGAAGCUUUCUGAAAGCAUAGUAAGUUACUGCAAUGGGCUACCAUUGGCUCUUCAGGUUCUGGGCUCUUCACUUCGUGGAAAAAGAAAAGAUAUAUGGGAAAGUGAAUUAAGGAAGCUGGAAGCACUUCCUAAUCGCAACAUUCAAAGGAUUCUGAAAAUCAGUUAUGAUUCCCUUCAAGAUGAUCAUGACAAAUAUUUGUUCCUUGACAUAGCUUGUUUUUUUGUGGGAAAGGAUAAAGAUUAUAUCAUCAAAAUACUAGAUGCUUGCGGUUUCUACACAAUCAUUGGCCUUCAGAAUCUUAUCGAUAGAUGCCUAAUAACAAUGGAUGACCACAACCAUAUAAUGAUACAUCCAUUACUUAGAGAUAUGGGAAAAGAGAUUGUUCGCCAAGAAUCGCCUGAAGAUCCCGGAAAGCGCAGCAGGUUGUGGCGUCACAAGGAUGUUUUCACUGUCUUGAAAGAAAAUACCGGAACAGAAGCUGUUAAGGCCCUUUCAUUCAAUCCAGUUAUGCUAGAAGACAAGCAUGCCAAAUCAAAGGAGUUGGUCUUGAAAACAGAAGCAUUUGCUAAGAUGCAGAGACUGAAGUUACUCCGACUCUCUAAUGCUAAACUUGAAGGAAGCUAUGAAGAUUUUCCCAAAACUUUGAUAUCGUUGAGUUGGCGUGGAUUUUCUUUGAAUUCUUUACCAACCAACUUAUACCUGGAAAAGCUAACCGUUCUAGACAUGCGCUACAGCAACCUUACAUAUCUUUGGAGAAAGACCAGGUCUCUUCCAAACUUGAAGAUCCUUAACCUCAGUCAUUCGUAUUUUCUUGUCGCAACUCCCAAUUUUGAAGGACUCCCUAGUUUGGAGAGAUUAAUACUCAAAAACUGCGUAAAUAUAACUGAGAUUGAUGAAUCUAUAACACUUCUCCGGAAUAUAGUAAUAUUGAAUCUAAGAGAGUGCAAAAAUCUCAAACAGCUUCCGAAGAAAAUUGCUAGUUUGAAAUCACUUGAAGAACUAGUGUUGUCUGGCUGCUUAGAACUUAACGAGUUACCAAAAGUGCUAGCAGAAAUGAAUUUGAGAGUGCUCGCUGUUGAUGGAUGUUCGAUUAAUAAACUACUUUCUAUAAAUAGAGAUGCAACUAGUCCCAGGUUGUCAUCAAUCACAUCAUGGGAAUCAACCUUCCGUUCUUGGUUAUCACCGAGUAGAGGUGCGAAAUCCAUGAGCUUUUCAUUCACUUUUCUACCAAGCUCUCUGGUAAGUCUAAGCCUUGCUAAUUGCAAUCUAUCUAAUGAUCAUAUUCUGAAAGAUCUCAGCAUGCUACCAUCAUUGCAACGUUUAAACCUAAGUGGUAACUCUUUUCAUGCAAUACCAGAAAGCAUUAACAACCUUACUUUGCUCCACUCCCUUAUCUUAGACCACUGUGAAAGUCUGAUAUUACUUCCAGAGCUUCCAAAUAGUUUAAAGGAAUUGAAUAUUAACUAUUGUAGCUCACUGGAACGGAUCACAAAUUUACCAAACUUGUUCAGAAGAUUGAUUUUUAGAUCUUCUGGUUGUGAAAAACUGGUAGAGGUGGAAGGUGCUUUCAAAUUACAACCAAUUAGAGAAAUUGACAUGGAAAUGAUGAGGGCACUGAAAUUGAUCAAUUUGGACUCAUUGGAAAGCUUACAGGCAAAAAUGGUCAAUUGCCUCACAGCAACUUCAAGAACAACUUCAGUCCAGGUGUUGCAUGAAUGUGGUAUAUUUACUACUUAUCUUCCAGGAAGUGAAAUUCCAGAAUGGUACAACUUCCAAUACCCAGGGAAUUCAUUUUCUUUUACUGUUCAUCUCUGUCAAGGGCAAAAGAUUGUAGGGUUGAAUUUGUGCGUUGUAUAUGCAUGCAACGAAUCUGGAAGUCAGCUUUCCCAGGAUUACAUUUUAUUUGGCACUGCUUUUGCUCUUAUCAAGAACACAACCAAUGGCUUUUUCUGGACCUACAGCCCAACGUUCUAUCAAAUUCCAGGAAAGAAUGGUUGUAAUCUGUGGUUAAGCCAUUGGAAAUACCUGGAUCAAUUGGAAGAUGGAGAUGAGGUAUAUGUGGGAAUAACUAUGUCCACAGGCAUUCAGAUUAAAAGAAUUGGAGUUCAUCUUGUCUCUGCAGAUGAAAAAGAGGGUACCCAGACCCGAUCAAUUAUUUGCUCUCCAUGGUAUCAAAUUCUCAGUAAUGCAGAUGUGUCAGCGUUUUGGAACCGGAUUGGGUAUGGUCUCAGCUAUAAUAAUUAUAACCAGGACGUUCGGCAACUUCGUUGGGAUAUGUAUCGCAACGGUCUGAGGUCUGAUAGUACUAGCCCGCAAUUGAGCUCUGUGGUCAAUGUUCUUAAUAGGAUGUAUAAAUUUAUGGGUUUUCAGCGAGGGAGUAGUUCCCUUUAAUGCCAGUAUUCUAGAGUAUUUGGGGUGUUCGGAGUACUCGGCUGAGCUGCAGGACUACCUCUGACAAUGAAGGGACGUCCGAUUACUAAUAAUUCUCUAAUAGUCAUCAUGCUGGCAAGAUAUCGGAUAGCGCUCGGGAGGUCGAGUAGAUGGCCGAGUCUUUUCUUGUCAUGUCACUGGGCAAUACUCUAUUGAGUAAUGCUCAGAGCAUGCUGCCGCUCACAUUCUUGCCGGUGUUGGAAGACUUAAAUCAGAUUAUGCAUGCGUGGAAUAGACAUCUGCAGAUGAAUUGACCGCCUGGUCUAAAGCUGCUCGGGAGCGAUUUGGAUUGUGUUUCUUGCUGCACGAGCCCAGCUAUCGAUCCUCAUAUUUAGGCGAGGGUGCAUCACCAGUUGGUAGGUCCCACUCAUCGCUCUAUGUUGUGGGUGAUAAAUCUCAAUUUUACCAAAAUUUUAAGAUAAUUUAGAUACUUAAUUGUAAUUAAUUAUUUAAGAGUUGGUGUAUGUUUCGAUGGUUUAAUUGUAUCUUUUCAUGAUUUAAA